GGAAAAUCGAUUAGUUACCCUCCGUCCGGAGAGAGCCAUGGCGUCGCUUUGCUCUGCGCUCGAUGCUCUAGGGUUUCAAUCUCCAACGAAGGCGUCUUCGGUACACGACACGCGCUCGAUUACUUGCUCUUCGUCUGUACGCCGUUCUUCGUCUCGCGUUGGGAUGGCUAGAAGAGCGAAGAAUCAUCUGCGCGUUGUGGCUAUGGCUCCCGAGGAAGAGAAGCUUACUCGUCGCAAUCCUCUUGAUUUCCCAAUCGAGUGGGAGAGGCCUAAACCUGGGAGGAGGCCAGACAUUUUCCCAAAGUUUAGCCCAAUGAAGACACCACUGCCACCGCCAAUGCCUUACGAUCCUCCAGCAGAAGACGAAGAAGAAGAGGAAGAGAAGAAAGAAGAGGAAGAAGAAAACCCUGACCAAGAAGAAGACGAACAACCCGAGAAGCAACAAUAGUUUUCUUUUUUUUUAUAUAGUUUACCCACGAAAAGAAGAAGAUGGAUACCACGAGAUCCAAGAGCCUUUCUGUUUCUCAGUUUUGUAGUUCUUUUUUGGAAAAGAAAAGGGAAAUCAAAAUUUUCUCACGUUUAGUUGCUCAAUUUACAUCUUACAUUCGGUGUUUUGUGUAAUGCCUCAGUAUCAAAAUCUUAUCGUUUACGCAUACACUUAAAUUUCGAACCUGUAGUAGCUCUGCGGUUCUGAACCUGAACCGAAGUUUUGUUAUAGGUUCUGAACUGAUCGGCGAUUUUCCAAAAGUAUUUCAGUUUAGUUCAGUGGUUGGUUUGUUUAAGUUUUGCAGAAUUUCCAACCAAACUAAAAUCUAUUUGUACCGAACCAAACUGGUUCUUCAAUUAUAUUAUACUAGGUGAUUUUCC